UGUGUAAAUUUAAGGCCCACAAGAGAUGCGCAGUACGGGCACCCACAAACUGCAAGUGGACAGCUUUGGCGUCUAUAGGGAAGGACAUCAUAGAGGAUGACGAUGGUAUCUCAGUGCCUCAUCAGUGGAUGGAGGGAAACCUGCCGGUCAGUGCCAAAUGCAGUGUGUGUGAUAAGACAUGUGGGAGUGUCCUGCGCCUGCAGGACUGGAGGUGUUUGUGGUGCAGAGCCAUGGUGCAUUCAGCUUGUAAAGAACAGUUCAGCAAAAAAUGUCCGCUGGGUCAGUGUCAUGUAUCCAUCCUGCCACCAACCGCCAUCUCCAGCAUUGACAGUGAUGGCUACUGGGAAGGGACCAGGCCACCGGGGACUUCUCCCUUGUUGGUGUAUGUCAACACAAAAAGUGGGGAUAAUCAGGGUGUAAAAUUUUUAAGGCGGUUUAAACAGUUGUUAAAUCCAGCUCAGGUUUUUGAUCUCAUGAACGGAGGGCCGUAUCCAGGGUUGAAACUUUUCCAACGAUUUGAUUCAUUCCGAAUUUUAAUAUGUGGAGGUGAUGGCAGCGUUGGCUGGGUUCUGUCUGAGAUUGACAAGUUGGAUCUUCACCGACAGUGCCAGAUUGGAGUUUUACCAUUUGGCACAGGGAAUGAUCUUGCCAGGGUUUUGGGAUGGGGUUCAGCUUUUGAUGAUGACACUCAGUUACCUGCGGCACUGGAGAGGUUGGAGCAAGCACAGAUCAAAAUGUUAGACAGAUGGGGUAUUAUGGCUUACGAAGGAAACAUGCCACCUCCAAGAAAACUAUCUAUGCAGAAUGAUGCCAUGGCCCAGUAUGAAGAUAGUAUGGCGAACCAUUUAACCAAAAUUUUACAUUCUGAAGACCAUCAGGUUGUCAUCUCCUCAGCCAAAGUAUUGUGUGAGACUGUCAAAGCAUUUGUAGCCAGAGUAAGCAAGUCACACGAAUCAAAAGGGGAAGGAGAGAAGGAAGCAGAGGAUGCAGAAAUGGGUUCUCAGUUUCAGAUUUUGAAUGAAAAGCUGCAGAGCCUGUUGGAUACGCUAGCCAAAGAGGAGAAGGAAUCAAAGAGCAUUGAUGAAAAACAGGAGAAAAUGGACUGCAAUGAGAAGGAUGUACCCGACAUCCCACAGCACACAGUAACCACACCAGGCAACACAGAAGCUGUCCCGCCCACAAUCCUCAGUGGACUGGCCAAGCCAAAACUGCAAAUGUUCAAGUCAAGGGAAGCACUGAUGUCCAGGGCCAACAGUCUGAAGAAGGCAGUCAGGCAAAUCAUUGAGCACACAGAAAGAGCUGUGGAUGAGCAGAAUGCCCAGACAUUGGUCAUGGAGAGCAACCAGUUCCCGGGAUCUCUGCUGAAAUCCUGCUCAGAGGCCUCCAGAUCAGCUCCCAGCUUCUCUGUGUUUUCUGGUGAAGAGCCAGUGUCACAGACAAUCACAAAUGUGGAUACAACCACAUUGCAGGUUAUUGAUCCAACGAGAUCCCCCCUGGGGCUUGCCUCCCGCAGAAUCAGCAGCAUGAGCACCUUCAACCGUUCAGCGAGUGUGGACUCCAAGCUCAGCAUGUCUGUCGCCAACAAGGGCAAGGAGGACUUCCCUGUGCAGCCUCACUUUCCUGUGAUACACCUACCUUUUGUCCAGCCAGCAGUCUUACCAGGAAUCAGCAGCAGCAUAGCCAAGAACUUGGGUGGGGGAAGCUUUAUCAGCAAAGUCCUGCUGGCUAAUGCAGAUGCCUUGUGUGCCGCAGCUUCACCGUUGAUAGAACAGGACAUUCCUUUAGAAUCCUACCAUGAAAAAUGUGUUAUGAACAAUUAUUUUGGGAUUGGUCUGGAUGCCAAGAUUACCCUGGAGUUUCAAAAUAAACGAGAGGAACACCCAGAGAAGUGCAGGAGCCGGACUAAGAACUUGAUGUGGUACGGUGUUCUCGGAGGGAAGGAGAUGAUCAGUCAGACCUUUAAGAACCUGGAUCAGCGGGUGCUCCUGGAGUGUGAUGGGCAGAAAAUACCUUUACCUUCACUACAGGGUAUUGUGAUACUUAACAUUCCAAGCUAUGGAGGGGGAGCUAACUUCUGGGGUGGCUCGAAGCAAGAUGAGAACUUCACAGCGCCAAGUUUUGACGACCGUAUUCUGGAGGUUGUGGCUGUGUUUGGGGGUAUGCAGAUGGCCAUGUCCCGGGUCAUAGACUUGCAGCAUCAUCGGAUAGCUCAGUGUCGAACAGUCAAAGUUACCAUCUUAGGGGACGAAGGUGUUCCUGUGCAGGUGGACGGAGAGGCCUGGAUCCAACCGCCUGGUUACAUCAGGAUAGUUCAUAAAAAUAGAGCCCAGAUGUUGAUUCGAGACAGAACAUUUGAAAAUGUGCUGAAAUCCUGGUCAGAGAAACAAAAGACAGAUCGUCCAACCAGCCCACAGCCAUUGUCUCUCAGUGAAGAUGAGACCCAGGCAUUGCUGAACUUUGUGGAGGCCACAUCUGCUGUCAUUCGAAGUGUCAAAGUAGCGGCCAAGGUCCAUAGAUCUGUGGAACAUGAGCUCAUCCCCAUUGCACAGCAGACGUCAGAAUGUGUGGACAGGUUGUACCCAGCAGGAAAGAUGGCCGAGAUGGACUCCAGUGACAGUGAAACCUACCAGCCAACAUUACGCAGUCAAGUUGUUGAUCUGGUCCAUGCUGUGCGGAUACUCUACCAUGAAGCCAGCAUAUUCCUCACUGAAAAGUCAACCUCACAUCUGCUGUCUGAAAGUCUGGAAGAUCGGCUGAUGUCUUCGCUGAUUGCCCUGGAGUCCGAGAUGAAGAGGAUCAUCGAGAUGAUAGGCCUGGUCAACCUGGAGGUCAUUGAAGAGGUAAAUUUACUGGAGCAUCACAGAAACAAACAGGGAAGACUGAAGCAGGUUUACAGUAGGCUGAAGGGCAGAAGUAAAGAGAAGUCAAGGAGUACUCUCCCUCCUGCAUUUGAGAUUCGAAGUUGGUCAUUAGAGGAAGUCGGUCACUGGCUGGACAGCCUUUCGCUGGGAGAAUAUAAGGACAGUUUCAAAGCACAUGAGAUCACAGGAGCGGAGCUCUUCAAUCUGGAAAGGCGAGACUUGAAGGACCUGGGCGUAACCAAAGUCGGCCAUCUGAAACGAAUCCAACAAGGCAUCAAAGAGUUACACCACCGAGAAGCAGCUUACGACAGACCCAGUUCCUGA